ACCUCACGUGCUGUCUCUCUCUCUCUCUCUCUCAGUUCGAGUUCGUUCCACUGCGAUCUCCAUCGAAGGACAGCCGAAGACAGCGGAAGCACGUCUCAGGGGGUGAGAGGUUUAUCUACGGUUUCACUGGUUGCGAGAUCAUGAGGUAGACAGAUCGGAGAGAAGGAGACGGCGGGGAUGAAGGGCGGAGGAGGCGGCGCCGGGGGCUCCGGCGGGAAGCGGCGGUGGAGGGGCCUAGCAAUCGCCGUGUUGGGCCUCAUUAUCAUCCUCUCAAUGCUCGUCCCUCUCGGCUUCUUGCUCGGCCUCCACAACGGCAUCAUUCUCUCUGCUCCAACUGCCGGUUUUGCGUCUGACCACCAGCAUAAUUCAGUUCCAGGUGUUCAUCGGAGCUCCGAAAAGUACAGCAUCGACAGUAAUGGGAUUCAGACUCCACCAAAGAAAGAUCAUACUAAGCACGUGGACGAGCUUAUGAAGAAGUUGGAGCCGAGUCUGUCUAAGGACCUGCAAGGAGACUUGACCAAUGGAUCCAAGAAAGAGACCAUCAAUAGAGUUCCCUCUCAUGAGGGUCAACAACAAAAAGGUACUUCACAGUCGGCACCCUCACGUCCAAAUGCCACUAGAGUUGAUCAGACGGUUAAAGUGGUGGAACAUAAUAAAGGCAAUGCUGAUGAAAGUGGGAAAUCUUGUGAGUUGAGAUUCGGUGCCUACUGCCUUUGGCGUGAGCGACACAGAGAAGUUGUGAAGGAUUCUUUGGUGAAGAAAUUGAAAGACCGGCUUUUUGUAGCUAGAGCAUAUUUUCCCAGCAUUGCCAAAAUUCCAGUUCAAGAUAAGUUGUCUGCUGAGCUAAAGCAAAACAUUCAAGAUUUUGAGCGCGUCCUCAGCGAAUCUUCUGUAGAUUCUGACCUUCCAUCUCAGAUAGACAAGAAGCUGGAGAGGAUGGAAACUGCAAUAGCCAAGGCUAAAUCAUGUCCAGUAGAGUGUCAUAAUGUAGAGAAGAAAUUCAGACAACUAUUAGAUUUAACUGAAGAUGAAGCUAAUUUUCAUAUGAAGCAGAGUGCCUUCCUUCACCAGCUUGCGGUCCAGACAAUUCCGAAAAGCCUUCACUGCCUAUCGAUGAGGCUAACUGUGGAUUAUUUUAGAUCCCCCGAAGAUCUGAAAGUCCCUGAUGAGGAGAAAUAUUCGGACCCAUCAUUGCACCACUUUGUCAUAUUCUCAAAAAAUGUACUUGCAUCAUCAGUAGUGAUUAACUCAACCGUUUCGCAUGCUAAGGAAAGUAGAAACUUGGUUUUUCACGUGCUGACAGAUCAAGAGAAUUUCUACGCGAUUGAGCGGUGGUUCUCUGGCAAAACUUAUAGGGAAGCCACGGUUCAAGUGUUGAAUAUCGAAAAACUCGAACUUCAAGAUAAAGAAAAUUCUCUGUCCUUGCCCAAUGAGUUCCGCGUUUCUUUUCACAUUGUUGACGGUCAAGAUACUCUCAAGAUGAGAACUCAAUACUUGUCUACUUUUUCAAAUUCACACUUUCUCCUUCCUGAGAUAUUCCCGAACUUAGAGAAGAUCGUGGUUCUGGAUGAUGACGUGGUUGUUCGGAGAGACUUGACAUCCCUGUGGGACCUCAAUAUUGGAGGAAAAGUGAAUGGUGCUGUGCAGUCAUGUGCAGUGAGAUUGGGUCAGCUCCGGAGCUUUCUGGGUGAAAGAAUUUUAGACCAAAACUCUUGUGCUUGGAUGUCGGGUCUAAAUGUCAUUGAUCUGUCAAGAUGGAGAGACCUGAAGCUCAGUGAAACUUAUCAAGGUCUUCUACAGCAGUUGAACAGGGCGGAAGGGUCUGUUGAGUCCGCCAUGUUGGGUGCAACUCUCCUAACUUUUCAGGACCAAAUUUACACCCUUGAUAGUUCAUGGAUGCUCUCAGGAUUGGGACAUGAUUACGGCCUGGAAAUGUCUGAUGUGAAAAGGGCAGCUGUUCUGCAUUACAAUGGGAACAUGAAGCCUUGGCUUGAGCUAGGAAUCCCUAAGUACAAGGACUAUUGGAAGAGGUCUUUGAACUGGAAGGAACAGAUCUUCAGUGACUGCAACAUAAGUCCGUGACUGACAUAAGUCCUGCUAACCGAACCAUUCGAACCUGUAGGAUUCAGAAAGCAUCCUCCUGCAGAAGUUUUGUUCAAUUUUAUGUUGCCAAAGAAUUGGCAUCUGAUGGAGUGACAACCGUGAAAAUCUUGAAGAACCAAUGAUUCUGCUCAGUUUUGGUAGAUUCAAUAGGAGGUUGUAUCAAUUCACUUCUGAAUUAGAAAGCAGGAGUUCACUCAGUUGCCCAGAGGGUCACAUUCCGAUUGAAAAGGCAACUUAUUGUUUGGAAGCCUGUUACUGUUAUACGGCUGACAGACGGUGGUUCAGACAGGCAAUCUUUUCUGGCGAGCCUCCAACUGUAAAACAUCAGGAAGAGACUAUUUUUUCUUCUUUCAUUUUCUCUGGUUCUUUUCGCUAAGCAAGUAAUAUGGAUUAUAGACAAAUGAAUUAUUCUUUUGUACCAUCUUCUAUGUGAUUCAUUGUGUUCUUUAAUCAAGAAAGAAUUUCUUGUCAUAAGAGACCAAUUGGACAGCUCAUUCGUACUCUUAAUGUCGAUUCGAUUGUAAUUUCUUU